AUGAUGCGGGUGGUGGAGCGCGCCUGGCCCGGGCUGCGGGUCACGCGCAUGGCCGUGCCGCUGCGGGACACCGAGGAGGAGGACCUGCUCGACCGCCCGAUCCCUGCCUUGAUUUCAUCGAUGAGGGCAGGAAGCGCUUCCAUCAUUGUUGCUUAUCUUAUGAGAUCAGACCAGAAAUCUUUUGAAGAUGCAUUAAAAGCUUUGAAGGAGAUUUCUGAGUCGGCAUGCCCGAAUGAUGGUCAAUCCUACAAAUUUGGGGAGAAAAUAGGCAGCUAUAUGUUUGAAGAUGACCCUGGCCUUGCUCCGCAGUCUGGCUCUUGUCAAGAUUCUUCAAAGGUUGAGCAACGUAAAACAGCUUACCACUGCAGGAAAUGCAGGAGAGUUACUGCUGUAGAGGACAAUGUUGUAAGUCAUGUUCCUGGUGAGGGUGAAUCUUGCUUUGAUUGGAACCGAAGGAAGAGUGGUCAUCCAUACAACAACAAAGAACAAGAUUGCUCAUCUUUGUUUGUCGAACCUCUGAAAUGGAUGACUCCAGGUCAUCUUAUAAUAACUAAAACCUGA